AUGACACCUCCCCUCUCCACGCGCGCACACCUCCUCUUCGUCCGCACCCCUUCCCAACCUGUGCCCCAAGAUCCUUACCAUUCCUUCGCGUGCUCGUCCCACUUCACGCCGCAUCAUCUCCCCAUCCUCGAAACGACCUACCAAAACAUCCCUCACCUAGCCCACCUCUUGAACGGUCCUAAAAUCUACGAUGGUCUGAUCAUCACUUCGGCAAGAUCGGUACAAGCGAUAGCGAAAGCUCAACGCGUCGAACCUACCCAAGCCGAAGGAUUGGGAUCUUUCUACCAAACCCCCAUCUUCGCAGUAGGACAAGCUACUGCCGAAGCCUUGCGAACUCAACUUUUGCGACCACCACCGGAAGAAAACGUUCUAGGUAACGAUGGCACGACUGGAAGUGGGGAGAAAUUGGCGAGGUUCAUCAGUCGGUAUUUCAAAGGUGAUCCUCCGGGGAGGAAAUGGAAGCUGUUGUAUCUCGUCGGAGAUAAGAAUAGGGAGACGUUGGCGAACUUGUUGGAAGUGGACGAUGGCAGGUUCGAGUUGGACAAGUUGAGGGUUUAUCAAACCAAGGCUUUGGAAGGGAAGCAAUUGGAGAACGAGGUCGACAGGGUCGUUCAAGAGGUCGUAGGGGGGGAUGGGGAACGAAACGGACAACGAAAAAGACUUUGGAUCAUCUUGUUUUCUCCUUCCGGCGCCAAGGCCGCUUGUCAAGAGUUUCGGAGGAGAGGGUGGAUACCGAACGUCGACGACAAGGAUCAAGAUGGGGGAUUUCAGAUUCGAAUCGCGGCGAUUGGACCGGUCACGAGGGCCUAUUUGCAAGAUGACGAACGCUUAAAGGUCGAUGCAGAGGCAAGGACACCGGAUGCCGAAGAUCUGUUGAGGUGUAUUAUAGAGGUCGAGGACGAGGAAAGCGGGCAUGCCAAAGUUGAUGACCUCGCUUUGGGUCGGGGUGGUCGAGCAGUAAAUAUGUGA